UCUACUUAAGCAAUUUGUCUUUGUGUGGUUUAAAAUAUGCAAAGGUUAUCGAAUUUUGCGUUGUUUAGUCAAGUUUCCUUUUGUAUUUUGUUUCAAUCACGCAUAUAGAGAGUCGUGUGGCAUAACAAUUAGAUAUUCUAGUAUUUUGGGUCACUGACAAGGUAUGCAAACAUUAGGCAAAGUUGGCAAAGCAAGAUGGGACCCACCUCAAAACUGUCUACCAAGUUUGAAGAGUGAGGCCUGUAUACCGAUGCAAACUGGUUACGAAAAAGAAAGACUAUGGAGCAGUAUUGUUAAAGGUGGAUCAAAACCAGUUAAAAGCUCAGAACAGUCAUUAGAACGUCAUAAAAAGUGUCACGUCACAUCAGAACGUUCUAUACAAAGUAAGUCAAAACAAACGGGACAUAAUGAAGACAGUGUCACUAUAUAUAAGCGAAAAACUACAAAAGGAGAUCAUAGUGAUAUACUGCAAACCGGAAAGAAAAAGUUACUACCUACAGGUUAUUUAUCUGGCGGACCUCCAGCUCGAAGUAAAGAACUAGACAAGAACAGUGCAUGUACACCAGAAACUGCAUUUCAAGAAAACAAUGCUUACAAACAUGGAAGUAAAAGUAUUAUUAUCGAGGAAGAUCAAAAAGAAAAGAAACCUGUGUUAGAAUUCAGCUUACGACCACAAAGCAAAUUUAUGACAGUAUCAAGAGCUGAAAACAGUAGUAUAAACGAUCCACGGCAAGCGGCUGGUCUCGGAUCGGAUGAAGACAUCACACUCUUUUGUAUACCGUGUAACAGAGAUGGUGCUGGAGAAGCUGCAUUUGGUUAUUGCGAAAAUUGCAGCGAGUUUUUGUGUAAGUCUUGCUUAAAGCAUCAUAAGAAGGCAACACCAUCAAGACAUCAUACACUACUUGAUAAAGACGAAAUGCCAGUCAGUCAGCAACCACAACUUCAGUCAACAGUGUUGGCAAAACCGCAGCUUCCAUCAAACCUGGUGACCCAACCGCAACUUCCACCAAACCCAUUGGCCCAACCGCAGCUUCCAUCAAACCUGUUGGCCCAACCGUCGCUUCCAUCAACACUGUUGACGAAGACACAUAAAGUUAGAGGCUACUGCAGCAGACAUCAGAAAGAAUCUUUGAAAUAUAUGUGUACUGAACAUAGGCAGAUCGCUUGCAGUGUGUGCGUAAUGCUUGAACAUCGGAACUGCAAUAUUGAGUACAUUCCAGAGGUUUCUAAGUAUAUUGUAAAUAGCAAACAUUAUUUUGAUACGUCUGAAAGAAUGGAAACAUUUGUAAGAUUGUGUAAAGAUAUCAAAGAUGAGAUGAAACAAAUGGUAGAGAAAUCAAAUGAAUCUUUGAAGAGUGUGUUACCAUUAGUUAAACAUUUCAGACAAACAGUUAAUGAACGUUUUAACGAAUUGGAGAAUGAUAUGGAAAAUAUUUCAGAGAGUCUGUGUAAAGAAAAUAACAAGAAGCUGAAGGGAACAGAAGUUAAACUGGAUUAUAUGGAAAGGUCUGUUCGUGGCGAAUCAAACGAAAUAAAACAUCUAAAUGCAACAGGCCAAACCGAUGCGCUUUUCAUGGAACUAAUAGAAUCAGAGAACAUGUUAGCCGAGCAUGAAGAAAAUGUAUCAAACUUAAAAUCAAACUUAAACAUUUGCGAAUACGAACUUAUUCGCAACCCAAGUUUAUCAUGUCUGUUUGAGAACGAAAUGCCUCUUGGUACAAUACAACAAAAAGUAGAAGACCCAGCUUCAAGAAACGAGCAACCAGAAAUGGCAGACGAUCCAUAGAUAAAUAUAAAGCUAUGCUCAGUACAGUUUUGAAUGGAAUGAUGAAACAAAAUAUAUAAGCCGUAAUGUUUCGUAUGCGUCAAUAUCUCUGUCAAUUUCUAGUAAAGUAAACAACUGUAUCAUAAUCAUCAUCAUGUUUCAUACGCUUGAAUGUCUAUGCCAGUUAAUGUAAACAUCUGAAUCACAAUCAUCAUCAUGUUUCAUACGCCUGAAUGUCAAUGCCAAUUAAUGUAAACAUCUGAAUCACACUCAUCAUCAUAUUUCAUACACCUGAAUGUCUAUAUCUGUAUCACAAUCAUCAUCAUGUUUCAUACGCUUGAAUGUCUGUGUCAGUUAAUGUAAGCGUCUGAAUCACAAUCAUCAUCAUGUUUCGUACGCUUGAAUGUCUAUGUCACUUAAUGUAAACAUCUGUAUUACAAUCAUCAUCAUGUUUCAUAGGCUUGAAUGUCUAUGUCAGUUAAUGUAAACAUCUGUAUUACAAUCAUCAUCAUGUUUCAUAGGCUUGAAUGUCAAUGUCAGUCAAUGUAAACAUCUGUAUCACAAUCAUCAUCAUGUUUCAUAGGCUUGAAUGUCAAUGUCAGUUAAUGUAAAAACCUGUAUUACAAUCAUCAUCAUGUUUCAUAGGCUUGAAUGUCAAUGUCAGUUAAUGUAAACAUCUGUAUCACAAUCAUCAUCAUGUUUCAUAGGCUUGAAUGUCAAUGUCAGUUAAUGUAAACAUCUGUAUCACAAUCAUCAUCAUGUUUCAUAGGCUUGAAUGUCAAUGUCAGUUAAUGUAAACACCUGUAUUACAAUCAUCAUCAUGUUCCGUACGCCUCAAUAUCUAUGUCAAUUUCUAGUAUAGACAACAGUAUCACAAUCAUCAUCAUGUUUCAAUACGCUUGAAUAUCUAUGUCAAUGAAUGUAAACAUCUGACUCAAAAUCAUCAUCAUGUUUCAUACGCUUCAAUAUCUAUGUCAAUUUAUGUAAACAUCUGUAUCACAGUCAUCAUCACGUACAGGAUAGACAUCUAAACAUGGUACCUAUAAUUACGAAAAUCAAUUCAAAGAAUAAUGCUAAUUGUUUAUUUCUAACUUUUGAGACGAAGUAUAAUACUGAGUGUAAAUUAUAUUAUUUUAGCAUGACAUUAAAGUUUUUCUGGAAUUUCU